AUGUUUUAUUAUUCCAUUGAUGGGUCCAACAACAAUCGUAAUAAUCCUUCCUGGGGACAGAAGGAAACACCAAGGGUCCGGUACCUACCGCAGGCGUCUCGAUACUAUGAUGAGACAGCACCCAACACUGGAGGUGGUAUUCCAGUGGAUGAAACCAACUCCAAUUUACCUUCGGCACGCCGCAUUAUGGAAGCCAUCUUCUCGCAAUCCACACCUCAUGCUGACAAGGGGACGAAUCAUCUAAUGUUGGAAUUUGGGCACUUUAUUGUGCAAGAUGUCAUUGGGCGUACGCUCUUGAAUGAGACAGAACCCUUCCCCAUGCCAUGCGAUGGUGAAGUAACAGAUGUUGUCUUUUGUCCUGUGACUGGGCAGACUUACUCCAUUCCGUUCGAUCGGUCACAACAUGCUACUUUUGCCAAUAGAAAUAUUCCACGAGCAUCUCUCAAUGGUGAAACGGCCUUUAUGGAUAUGAGCAACUUAUACGGCAACACUCCCGAGGUACAAGAAGAGGUGCGAGAAUUCGUAGGAGGACGCGUCAAGCUGGAUGAAAUGGGAUUGCCGCCGAUUCUCAACAAGUACAAUUCCUCCCCUGGAGUCUUUGCAAUGUACUGUGUAUUUCUACGGUAUCACAACAUUUUGGCAGCGGAAUUCCAGGAAAAAAAUCCUACUCUCAAGGAGGAAGAACUAUUUCAAAUGGCACGUCAAAAGAAUAUUGCCAUCUAUCAAUUCAAUGCUGAGGAAAAGUACAUACCCACGCUACUUGGAUCCAAGCUGGAGCCUUAUGUUGGCUACAACUCAAGCGUGGAUCCAAGCAUAGAUGAAUUCUUUGCGGCUGCCUCCUUUCGGUACGCUCACAGUAGUUUCUCUGGACUGGUUCGUUUGUUGGAUGAGAAUUUUGAUCCCACUGGUUCGGAUCCAUUGAUUUUGCGAGAUGUCUUUCGACAGUCCUCACCCAACAAUGUCCCACGGGUGGUACGGAACCAUGGAGGAAUCGAGCCCUUUUUGCGAGGGCUUACAGUCACCAACGCCAAGGCUGUUGAUGCCAGUCUUGUUCAUGAUAUGAACUACUUUACCGAAGCUACCAGUUUGCUGGACGUCCAACGCGGACGUGAUAUGGGAUUACCGUCGUACAAUGAUGCCCGAGAAGCCUUUGGCUUGGAAAGAGUUAAAGAUUUUGAAAGUUUGGUCGGGUACGACUACCAAGGGAUACUUGCUCCUCUGAAGGAGCUGUAUAAUGAUGAUAUCGAAAAACUCGACGCCUAUGUAGGUGCUCUAUUGGAAGCCAAGGAUACUGGAGCCGAAAUGGGACCCCUCUUUAGCCAAUCCAUUUUGAAUCAGUUCCAGCGCAUCCGUGAUGGGGACCGACUGUGGUACCGCAAUAAUCAAUACACUCAAGAGGAAUGGGAACAAUUUCCGUCCAUGGCGGAUUUGAUUCGGGCAACUUGCACGGGGAUGGACAAUUUGCCUACUGAAAGUUUCUUAGCUUGGGAUGGUGUGGCCGGCGAAGGCGCGGCAACUUGUGGAGCAUCCGCGACGCAAUUGUCGCUCAUCAAUGGAAAGUACAGUCUGGGGUGGCAGAUCGACGUUCCAUCAGCUGCAGAUCUUCGGGACCAGCCAGAUAUGAAAAGCACCAUUGAAGUUACAAUGAAUUUCAACGAGCGCAUGAAUAAUCCAGGGUUCCUGGGCGUCGGAUGGCGCAGUCAACAAAUGAGAGGAGCUGAAAUUUGGUGGUGCACUGCCAACGCUGACAUCUUUGCCACAGAAACAUUUCCUGACGCCUGUGAUGCGAAUAGUGAUAAGGUGAACUUCGAAAAGAAACUAUUUUCUUGCUGUGUGGCAGAUGGAGGACUGCAUGUUCAACCGGUAUGCUCCAGUCCUGAUGCUUCCGUGUACUACGAGUUGACAAUUGUUGACUGGUGUCUGACACCAGGAACGUCAAGAGUCACUGUCACAGCGCCAGUUUGUGAUGAUAAUGAACAGUUUACCAACGGAAAAGUAAACUGUUUCCGUAAGACAUCUAGUGCCAAUGGGGAAAUGGAUUUCAUUGUCGCCUACAACCCCAACAGGAUUGGUAACCAUGGGUAUCAGAUGCGUACCGCCGCGGCCGUGGAUCUUUCUGUGGGUGUUUUAACACAAUCCGAAUCUGACACUGCAGACGUUGGACUGAUUGCUACUCAUGCGAUAUUCAUGCUUUUUGGAUGGAUGGUGUUGGCACCGAUGGCCAUUUUCAUUGUUCGAUACAUGAAAACAAAAGAGUGGCGCUUAGUGGCUCAUGUUUCGUUAAUGGGUAUUGUUGGUAGUAUGAUGGUCCCCUUGCUCAUUGGAGUCGAGGCGUCGGUUGGGGCAACUGACAAGACAGAAGAACACAGUUUUGUCGGUUUGAGUCUUCUCGGAGUUUACUUUGUCAUGGUAUUUGCUGGAAGGGUCCGAUAUCUCAAGCUACAAGGUAAAAAAGUUGGCCGCAAGACUUACUUCUUCUCAGCAAUUUUGCACAAAUAUGGUGGUGUUGUGAUGGUGCUCUUGGCAUGGUGGAACUGUUACACUGGCCUCGUUAGAAUUGGUCCUGAAGAUUCCUAUUUCCAAGUUCUUUUAUUAAGUAUGGGCUACGACCUUGAUAUUUUUGGCUCCAUCCGGAAGUAUAUCUACUUUCCAUACCUUGCUGUGGUCUGUCUCGCUUUUAUUUUUGCGGAAGCACAGCGCUAUCGACUGAACAGUUCUUCUCACGUAUCAAAGUUGCAAGGUAUUCUCGAAGGAAAAAACACAAUAUGGGAAGAUGACGCCGACAAGUUCCUGGAAAAGAUGACGAUGGAUGCCUUCAUGGAGGCGACGAAGCUCGGGACUAUGCUCUGCAUUGUCGACGGGUAUGUUCUCGACAUAACAUCCUUUGUUGAAAGUCACCCUGGCGGCCAACACUUACUACGUUAUGCUGCCGGUUCUGAUAUCACGGAAGAAUUUGUUGGCAAGAGAGAUGUCGAUGGAUUGCGAAAUGUUCAUAGUCAUAGCGCAGUCGAAUUGAUGAAGACUUUUGUCAAAGCCGUCCUCGUUGACGAGAACAACCAGAAGCUAUCGUUCCAGAAGGGAGCAAGUUCAAGAAUGGCUCUGUCAAAAUCUAAGAACGGAAAGGGCUUCGGACGAAUGUCUUUGAUGGAAACAAUCGCACGUGUCCCGCAAACUCGUCGGGGCGCGUCGGUCUUCCGACGAGGAAGAGUGGUCGGACUGAGGUAUCUGACUCCCGAGAUCGAAAUCACGCACACUUCGAAGCCUGCAAUCCUUCUGCAGUUGGCACUACCAAAAACGAGAAAAGAUCUCCAUGUGCAAAAGUUGAUCUCCCUUCCAAGUUGUGCAUUCACUUUCCGUGGAAUUGACAAGUAUAAUUCUGCUGUCGAUCGACAGUAUACUCCAGUGAAAAUCCACAACGACUUUGCUAGCAGAACCAAGGAUGAUACUGACGAAGAUAUAUUUGACUUUGUGAUCAGUUUGGUACCUGGUGGCAAGAUGACGAAAAUUUUCCUCGAUCUGAGAGUUGGCAAAGUACUUCUGGCCAAGGGGCCCACUGUGAAUCAAGAAACGGUUGCAACAUUUCGGACUGGAGAAUGGAGAUCGGUCGUAAUGGUCGCAGCUGGAACCGGAGUUUCUCCCAUGCUUCAGGUCAUAGAUUAUUACAUCGGGAAAUUGAGCUCAGAGUUCAAGGGGCUGGAAUCAGUAUUGGAUGCUGAAGUUCCCAAUCUAUAUUUGAUGUGGAUUGUCAAGAGCCCAAAGUACAAUUACGCCGAGACGCUUGCACUCGACUCGAGGGUGGCCCGGUCGAACGGCAAAUUCAAGUACACGGUGAUAUAUUCCACAUCACAUGGAAAGGAGUCGAUAGAAAAACCUCGUCAUCAGCUGCACCACCAGUGGACCUUCAAGGAGGUCGUCGACAAGACGACACCCAGAAGAAUUGGUUUGCCGGGCUUCAAGAAACCACAGAAAGUGAAGCGCGCUGUGGUUGACGCUGCAUGGAAGUCAAAGAAGAACCUCUCAAAAAAAACUGAUCUUUCUUCUCUUGCUGCACCUACCAACAAAACUAUUCGGUCAAGCGAGUCGUCUUCCGAUGAAUUCAGUAUCGAAAAUGAAAUUACAACGGCAACGUGGAGAGACGACAAGGUGCAAACGUGCUAUCGGUCAUACAAUAGGAUGCUUCUUGAGGAGUUGCUCCUCUCCAUCCCUGAAACGGAUGGAUCCUUCCGGACAUCAUCGAACCCAACGAUGGGCCGGAUUUCUCUGCCGUCGAUAAUUGAAGAGGGGUCGGAAGAAGAUGAGAGUAGCGAUGACGAUCAUAGCAGUUCAUACGAUCAAGACGACAGGAACUCAGUCGACAGAGACAGUUCGUAUGGAUCGUACAGUUCGUACGAUGAAGGCAGCAGGAGUUCGAAAGGCGACAGCAGCUCGUUCAAAGAUUCAUUCAAGGACGAAGGCUCCAUUUCGCAAGAGAGCCGUUCAGAGUCUUCCUCGUCGUCGUCGUCUGGUCUCAGAUCUGGUUUGAAAUUUAUUCCUUCGUUAAGCUCGGACAAAGGCUCGCAUGGAACCCAUGAAAGCGCGAAGAGCCCUGAUAAUUGUUCGUUGGACGAGAAAGAAGAAUCAAGCUCGCAUGGUACCCGUGAAACCCCGAAGAACCCUGAUAACGGUUCGUUGGACGAGAAAGAAGAAUCAGGAACAGUUGCCACUGAGAGAAGUGGAAGCAGUCCCGAAAGCAACCAACAGGCAGAUUUAGAAUCGAACCUUUUGACUUCCUGGGUUCCGUCAAGACCCCUGGAUCGAUCAUCUUGGAUGCCUCCUACCGGUCUUGAUGCAGCCAAGAAUGCUUCGUACGACAGCGACUAUGUAUCUUUUGAUCAUAAUCAGCUGAAGAGAGGAUUCUCGACAGCCAAUAGUGGAUCAGCAAUACUCCGAAGUCCUACUUCGAAAACAAACCAAAGAAAUCUCAUUCCACCACGACUUGGUGGUCCUCCACUUGAACAUGAGCCUUUUCACAAAGUACCGCCAAGACUCGGAAGUCCUCCACCGGAAAAAGAGCCCUCGCGUUCCAUACCGCCGUUAGUUCCUAAGAGCAUUGCAGCGCCUUCGACAGAGCAGUCAUCAUCACAACCGAAAGCUUCCGAGCCGCCUCCGAAAAGUAGCGCAGUACCAUUCGCAAGAAAUAUUCCAGUCGUACAAAAUAAGCCUCCUAAAAGAAACCAACCGGCGAGGGUGCCUUCUCUUGAGAAUACGCCGCAGAGUCCAAAGAAGGAUGCUGUAGACGAAGACCACAAAGAGAGAUCAUCCCUUGAAGAGAGAACACCAAGCAAGAAUCUAGAGACUGCACAUUCUGACAGUCGACGAGAAACCCGAGAGGAAGAGUUGCUAGAUCAGUGGGAGAUCGACGAAGAAGAGUACAGAGAUCGAAAGAUCUUGGUGGCUAUAUCAGGAGCGCCCAUGUUUGAAUACAAGACCAGAAUGAAUCUUGGUGAUUUGGGAUUUCCACAAGAGAAUAUCGUCACCUUUCAUGCUUCCGGACAACAGCUAUAG